AUGUCAUGCUGGCGCGUUUUACAGCUCUCCGACGAGGUUCAAGGCGAGACCGUGCCACAACUUCUCAUCAAAACGCAGUUCGGGUCAUCCUCAUAUACCGUCUUUCUCACAGAUCUGAGCAAUAUAUGGAGCGAAGAAUUGGACUUGUCUUGUAUCGUGCGUCGAGCUUCUGACGUGGAGUCGCCAAUCGAAAAUUCGCUCACUGACAGCGACGACACUAGCCGUACAAUUUCACGGGACAAAUCAGACAAUGUAAUGCUACACACCACGAUCAGUCUCCCAGAGCCUUUGGACUUGUUGACCUGGAAAUUUUGUCUGAUCAAGAGGCCCGCGGCUACGCUGAAGAAUGAGCUUAUCCUUCCACUGCUGGUUUCUGCCCACGUUCAACAUGUACGAAUUUCUCGUCUACUGGCUGUCAUAUCCGAUAAGGAUCGAGCGAUUACACGACUUGUCGAUCAAUACGAAUCCAGUAAUCUAGAUCUCGCUGCGGCUUUCCCGAGUAUUGGCAAUACCAAGUCUGGUAGAAGGCUUGUCAAACGUGAGCAAGCAGCGAGAUAUAUUCCCGGUCUUCAAAGUUUCGAUCCAGAUACGUGGAAAAAGGACACAGCAGAGAUGGUGGGCCCCGAUGUAUCCACGUUUGGCUUGUUCCAAGAAGCACUAUUCGAAUGCACCCCUAAAAUACCGCCAAAAUUGAAAUCAGAUGAUGAUGAAGACAACCACUGGUGGAAGGACCUUGAGACCUCCGCCAGCGUAUUUAAGCGAGCUGCAACCACGAAGACGAAAACUCAGCCGAAGAAGGCGCCAGCUCCUGCACGGCCCGCCGGACCUGACUCCGAAACGGAGGACGAGGAGACCGAAGACGAGUUUGAAACACAUGAGAAUUUCAAGUCACGGGAUUUGACUAAUGGGUCCGAGCCUCCUGCUACCCGUGAACCAGCAUCGAAAAAUACACACCAGGAUGUCGAUAUAGAUGACACCACAGCUGAAGGAAACAUGGACGUGGAUAAAGACGAGGACGAUGGUGAAGAUCUGGAUGUCCCAUCAAAGGUUCAGAGUCGGGGUCAGCAUUCACCUCCCAGAAGAAAAGCACCAACACCAGGACCAUCACCUCCCAAAACAGUUUCACCGAUUCGUGCAGAUUCGCCACCAGCGAAGCCUAAAGCCAGAGGCUUCAAGAUAGGAGGCGGAGCCAAGAAGACAGAGUUACAGCCGGUAGCAUCACCCGAAGAAACGUCGAAGUCCACCCCGCAGAAUGAGAGGAUCCCAACCCGGUCUAAGGUUGACGAGAUUGUAGUGGGUUCCAAACCCAUGAAGAAGGGGUUCAAAAUUGGCGGUAAAUCGAAAAUGCAGACGGCGGCGGCGACAGAAGAAAUGACAUCAUCAGAGGCAUCGAGACCGCAACGAGAUACCUCCACAACUACGCCAAGCUCAUCAAUUGGACCUUCGGCCUCAACGACGACAAAAGUGGAGAAGCAGACCUUGCCUGUUGAGGAAGAGCGGGAAGAGACUGAGGAAGAGAAGGUGGAGAGGAAGAGGCGAGAGCUGAAGCGAAAGAACGAGGAGCUUGCAAAGAAGCAAGCUCAAAGCAAGAAGAAAAAAAGAUUCUAG